GAAAGCGAAAGCCCCAUCGAUCGCCACUCGAUCGUGGCUCUAUAAAGGUUUCCUUUGUUGCAGUCGACGCACGGCAGUCCCAGCAUCAGCACACACAUCACUCGGCACUCGGCACUCGACACUCGGCUUUUUGGUGGCAGGAGAGCUCUACGCAGGAAUCCCAGAUGUUGCGCAUACGCAGUGUGGACCACGUUCUACUGCUCGUGCUCGUGGCAAUCGUCUUCGUUACGGCGAAACAGGAAACUGCAGCCCGCCAGUUCGGUGGUCAGAACUUCGGCAAUGGCCUGGGUCCCGCCUUCGGAGGCGUUGGUGGUUUCGGGCCGGGAAUAGGCCCCGGACUGGGACCCGGAUCCGGAUCCGGACCGGCAGGAUUUCCGGGACAAGGACCCGGCUACGGACCACCGCCGCAGCAGCCCGGAUGCCCGCUGUGCGACUCGUCGGUGUACACGUACUGCUCCCACAAGAUGGUCCACGACGCCUGUUGCUGCGACUUUCCAGCCACCACCGCCCCCCAGCUGCGACCGCCCCAGUGUUUGUACUACGACUGCUCGCUGCUGUAUGCCAAAUCCUGCUACGAACACGCCCUCAUCAAGAACUGCUGCUGCAAUAAUCCCUACUGAAGCCCACCAACCGGACCAACUGUCAGCGUCCAUUUAUCGGAAAAGCGGCCAAGUGAUUUGUUUGCCCUUCUGCUUAAUUUAUUUAUUCAAUCCAUUUAAAAUGCAUGUGCGCCGCGGACAGCUUAAUUUUUUAAAUCAAAUUCAUGCGAUUGUUUAAUGCAAGCGGCCGCUAAAUUUAAUUAAGUAAAUUAUUUGAAAACCGAA